CCUCUUCCUUUCAUCAUGUGUCAAAAUCUAUUCUUCAAAAAUUGACCUUUAAUGGAAUGCGAUUUCAGCAUUCAUUCCAUCAAGGUUUUAAGAUAUAUUUUAGGAAGAGUGGUUCAGAAAGAUUAGCUUGAAAAUAAUAGUCAUGAAUCCAUACUCUCAUGAUAAUCAUGGCCUUCCUUUCUCCACCAACAACUUUUUCUCAGUUGGACUCCCCGAGUUACAACAACAUCAACAUCCACAACAUAAUCAACAACAACAACUACAACAACAACAGUCGCAAAGAAAUUUUGUCCCUGUUCCCAAUCCUCAUAUUCAUGCUUCAAGCAUCCUAAGUUCUCCAACCUUUGUUGGUCUAUUUGAGAAACAAGGGCAGGAAACAGACCAACUCAUCAAUAUACAGAAUGGUCAAAUAAAACUCAUGUUACAACAUCACAUUAGGGAGUUACAAGUGGCUACACUAAAAAAUAUGGAAAUUUAUUCAAGGCAAAUUAUGACAAAAGCAAAUGAAGAAAUUGCAAAAGUUGUAAAGAAAAAUCAAGAGAUGGAAAAUCUCUUAAGAAGCCUAGAGACAGAGAAAAGAUUUUUGAAGAGAAUAGCUGAGGAAAGGGGAGCCACAACAAUAGCUCUGCAUAACAAGUUGGAAGAAGAGAAGAAGAGAGCAAGGAUGGUUGUGCUAAAUGACGCGGAAUCAUGUUGCGGUGAAAGUGAAGAAGCAAGAGCUGAAAAGCGCAUGAGAAGCGACGACAAUUUGAAGUUUUGUUCAAAGUGUAAGACAAACUUUGUUGGUGUCUUAUUUCUUCCAUGUAGGCAUCUAUCUUUAUGCAAACAAUGUGAAGCUUUACUCCAAACUUGUCCAAUAUGUGGAAUGGCAAAGAAGGAUGUUAUUGAGAUCCAGAGUUCAAUUUCAUAUUGAUUUGGCGAAAAUCAAUAUUUUAGCUUAUCUAUCCUAAGAAAAAGUAUGAGG